CAGACCAUACCUCUUCUCCUCAAACCUGGCCUCCAUCGUCCAUGCAGAAGCAGGUUCUUUGCCUCUUUUCUCACGCAUCCGCUACAACUUUCAUGGCCACUAUCCUUGCUUUUUUUCUGUUCCUCUUCUUUCUAUUAUGGAUAUUAAGAAGAAUCCAAAUAACUCCUCGUAAAACAAUACUUCCACCAGAAGCUGGUGGCGCCUGGCCUUUGAUUGGCCACCUGCACCUAUUACGAGGGUCAAAACCAGCCCAUAUAACAUUGGGUAACAUGGCCGAUAAGUAUGGAUCAAUCUUCACUAUCCGGCUUGGCGUACAUCGUACUCUCAUAGUGAGCAGUUGGGAGAUUGCUAAAGAGUGCUUCACCACCCAUGACAAAGUCUUUGCCAGCCGUCCAAAAGCUAUAGCUUCAGAACUCAUGGGCUACAACUAUGCCUUGUUUGUGCUUAGCCCUUACGGUCCUCACUGGCGCCAAGUGCGUAAAAUAGCUACCGUCGAGGUCCUCUCCAACCACCGCCUUGAGAUGCUCAAAGACAUCCGAGAGUCUGAAGUAAAUACAUCUAUAAAAGAGAUAUAUGAGCUCUGGGUCAAGAACAACAACGUGUUGGUAGAGAUGAAGAGAUGGUUUGGGUCCCUAUCCCUAAAUGUAUUAUUUAGGAUGGUUAUUGGGAAGCGAUUUGAUGGGACUGCAACCAAGAAUGAGAAUGAAUGGAACGAUCAAUCCCGGAAGACAUUAAAAGAUUUCUUUGAGUUGAGUGGUACGGUUGUGGCAGCAGAUGCGCUUCCUUACCUAAGGUGGUUGGACUUGGGAGGGUACGAGAGGGCAAUGAAGCGAACUGCAAAAGAAUUUGAUGUUGUGGUUGAAGGUUGGUUAGAAGAACAUAAGCAAAGGAAGGUUUCCGGUGAGGCAAAGGGACACAAAGACUUUAUGGAUGUGAUGUUGUCUAUUGCUACUGACAACGAAGAGAACUCCAAUCAUGAUGCUGAUACAAUCACUAAAGCUACAUGUCUGUCCCUUCUCGUAGCGGGCGCAGACACAAUAGCAACAACAUUGACAUGGGCUCUGUCUUUGCUUCUUAACAAUCGGGAAGCUCUAAAGAAAGCACAACAAGAGAUAGAUGUCCAUAUUGGGAGGGAGAGACAAGUAAAGGAAUCAGAUACGAAAAACUUGGUCUAUCUCCAAGCUAUCUUCAAAGAAUCAAUGCGUUUACACCCUGCCGCAUCGCUAUCUGUCCCACAUGAGUCCACGGAAGACUGUACUUUGGCUGGCUACCACAUUCCAGCAGGCACGCGACUCCUUGUUAAUUUUGCAAAAAUCCAUCGAGACCCACAUGUUUGGUCUGAUCCAAAUGAAUUUCGGCCAGAAAGAUUCCUUACAACCCAUAAGGGUAUUGAUGUUAGGGGCCAGCAUUUCGAAUUGUUACCAUUUGGUGCCGGCAGAAGAGGGUGCCCGGGAACUUCAUUAGCGUUACAGGUUAUGCAACUUACACUUGCCACCUUGUUGCAGGCUUUUGAAAUUGCAACCCCUUUAGAAGAGCCCGUGGACAUGACCGAGAAAGUUGGAAUUAACAACCAGAAAACCACACCAGUUGAAGUCCAUCUCACUCCACGCCUUCCUACUCAACUAUAUGCAUGGUUUGAUUAGAUAUUUGAUAACUAAAAUGCGGGCUACACUAUUUCAUAAUAAGUAAUGCUAUUGAGUAAACUGUUCUACGGCUGCCAUACAACUAAGAUAACGUGGCAGUAAAAUCAGCCAUUGAUUUUCUUUUUAACAAGUGUUGAUUCUAGGGCUGACUAUUACUUUCACAUUAUUAAAUUGUAUGACAGCCGUAUAACAAUUUACUAAAUAACAUUACUCUUUAAUAAUUAGUGUGCGCAAGGAUUCCUUCUUAUGUUUUUCGUUUUACAUUUUGGGCUAUUGGGGUGUGCUUAUGUGUUACGUGGCAAGAAUCAUUCACGAUCAAAGGGAAGUAAGAUGUAGACAUGCAAUAAAAGGACUCCAGGAAUAAGAGCAUAUCUGCUCAGUAGAAUUCUAGAAUAAGAAGAUAUCUCCUCAGUAGUUUAGUAGUAAUAGUAUUUAUCAAUAUAUGUAGUUCAAAACCCAAUGUAAUUCAUCGACUAUGUUCUUAUCGGUUCUUAGCU